AUGGAAAAUACAGAAUCGCUUUUCAAAAACUAUCCUCCUUUUCUUGAUAAAAAUCAACAAGAUUUUCUAGUUUCAGAAUUAAUAGAUUAUGCUCAAAUACAUGGAAUUAGUAUGCGUCAAAAACCUUCAAAAUCAAAAAAAACAUAUUUUUUUGAAAAUACACAUAUCCCAUUUACCCUUUAUCCCUCUUUAUUUCCGUCAAUUGUCUUUAAAAAAGCGAAAGCAAUUCAGUGCGAUUUUAAUAAACUUUAUGCAUUUAUUGCUAAUGAUGAAGAUUUUAUGGCACAAAUUAUAAAAGAUCUUAGUACUGACAGUUUUAUAAAGAAAUUAUGGGACAUACAUUUAGAAGUCAGAAAUAAAGGAAUUGUACAACCAAUAUCAUUAGGUAUAUUUAGAUCAGAUUAUUUUGUUCAAAUUACAGAUAAUUCACUUCCUCAAUUAAAACAAAUAGAAUUUAAUACAAUAUCAGCAUCUUUUGCAGCAUUUGCUUCAAAAAUAUCAAAGACACAUAAGCAUUUAUAUAAAAUUGGUGCGUAUGAAUCAAGUCCUAUAUUAAAAAAUUCAACUUUCCCGGAAAACAACCCUAUUGAGUCAAUUAUAAAAGGAAUAGCUACUGCAGAUAAAUUAUAUGGUGGUAAAGAGACAAAAGUACUUCUUAUUAUUGGAUUAGAUGAACCAUUUGUUUUUGAUCAACGACUAUUCGAAUAUAAAUUAUUUAAAAUUUACGGAAUACAAACUUAUCGUGUACAUUUAUCUUCAAUAGUAAACUUUAUAAAGCUUCGUCAGAAUGACAAAGCAUUACUUUUCAAAUCACCUAAUUCAAAAAUUGAGGAAAUAUCAGUUGUAUACUUUCGAACGGGUUAUUCACCAGAACAUUAUACAUCAUCAAAUGAAUGGUCUGCACGUUUACUAAUUGAAGAAAGCCGUGCUAUCAAGUGUCCUACUAUUAUGACUCAGCUAUCGGGUUGUAAAAAAGUUCAACAAGUUCUUUGCGAAAAAAAUAUUAUAGAAAAAUUUCUUCCAGAAAACUCAUCAAAUGCUUUAAGAGAGACAUUUGCCCCUAUUUAUGCACUAGGCACAGAUUUAUUAAACCAAAAGGCUUAUCAUCUACUAAUAAACAAUCCUCAAAAUUAUAUCUUAAAACCCCAGAGAGAAGGCGGGGGAAAUAAUAUUUAUGGAUUUAAAAUAUUAGACUUUUUAAAAACAGUACCAGAAACCAGCAAACAAUAUAUUCUUAUGGAGCGAAUUCAUUCACCUUUUCAUGCCAAUAUUAUAAUAAAAGAUGGCGAAGUCUAUCAUAUCGAUGGUAUCGAUGAAUUAGGCAUUUACGGUAUCAUUGUAUGGGACAAAGAUGGUACAAUCUAUUACAAUAAAGAAUCUGGAUAUCUUCUUAGAACAAAAGAUAAAAGCAAAGAUGAAGGAGGUGUAGUAGCUGGUUACUCAUCUAUCAAUUCAUGUGCCUUGAUUCCUUGA